AUGAUGUAUCGAUGUAGUCACCAACUUAGCCCUAAGCCUCGACUCGGCGCCGACGACCAUUGUGUACCAGUAUCCGACAAGAGCGAUGCCGAUAUUCUCCAGGACGGGCUCGACCCCAUCUGGCCUGAGGUCUUCGGCAGUCAGCCCUUUGAUCAACGGGAUGACAAUAUUAUCGAUGGCGGGAGCGACUCCAUCUGGCCUGAAGUUGGAUGGCCUGUCCUUUGCGGGGAGCUUCCUGAUGAUGAGUUAUUCCUGGGUGUUUCCCUAGACUCCAGCGACAACGGCGGCAACUCCGAACCGCUGGCGGAAGGCGAUAGGUCGAGCAAUGUUCGCCUGGAGUCAAGGCAAAACCAGUCUGCCCAUGGUGUCGUUGGCCAGGUGCUCCGGCAGGCAGUUGCCGAAGAAGAUGUGGUCAGAGAUGACGCUAGUCAACGUGCUGAGGCAGAAAGCGAACAAAAAGAUGUUGAGCAGGAUGACAUCGUCGUGGAUACGAUUCAAGACCGCAAGAUCAGCGACGAGGGGAAACGAGCCAAAGACAAAGCAAACGACGCAGUUGACAACAGUGACGCCACCCUCCCUCCCUUGGACGAUUCCUGA